UGAGUUUAGUGGUACGUCGUAGCCGUGGAGGUGCCCGGCCUGGAGAGAGCCUCAGUAUGGCAAAAAAGAGACGCAACGGAACCCGUGGCCAGCAGGCUCAUGGACAAAAGAGACGCAGACAUCCAACACUCAAGACUCUGAGGGAACCAGCAGUCUUUGCAAAAGGUCCAUACACUGAUACUGAUGUCCCCCAUGACAAAGUGACUUUAGCCCAGGCCCGGCGUGGCACUCCUGCUCAGCGGCCUGUGAGGGUUUAUGCCGAUGGAAUUUUCGACCUCUUCCACUCUGGCCACGCCCGUGCCCUUAUGCAGGCCAAGAAUCUUUUCCCCAACACAUGGCUGAUUGUUGGAGUUUGCAGUGACAAGCUGACGCACCAAUAUAAAGGCUACACGGUAAUGACGGAAGCCGAGCGUUAUGAAGCUCUCAUACACUGCCGCUACGUAGACGAGGUGGUCCGUGAUGCCCCGUGGACCCUCACGCCCAAAUUCCUGAAGAAACACAGGAUUGACUUUGUGGCCCAUGAUGAUAUCCCUUACACUUCUGCAGGAUCAGAAGAUGUAUAUAAACAUAUCAAAGCAGCAGGAAUGUUUGUAGCAACACAAAGGACGGAAGGCAUUUCUACCUCAGAUCUCAUCACACGCAUUGUCCGAGACUAUGACGUCUACGUGCGGAGAAACCUGCAAAGAGGCUACACGGCCCGAGACCUCAACGUUGGUUUUAUCAAUGAGAACAAGUAUCGUCUGCAGAACCAGGUGGAUAAAAUGAAAGAGACGGUGAAAACGGUGGAAGAGAAGUCGAAACACUUGGUUCACCGUGUUGAAGAGAAAAGUCAUGACCUCAUCCUGAAAUGGGAAGAGAAAUCUCGGGAGUUUAUUGGAAACUUCCUGGAGCUCUUUCGCCCUGAUGGACCAUGGCAUAUGAUCCAGGAGCGGAGCGGCCGUGUGCUCCAGGCCCUGUCGCCGUACCAGUCGCCCCGCACCUCACCCAGCAGCAGCCCAACGAGAGGGCGCUCUCUCUCACCUCCAGGCCUCUAAACAGGCCUACCAUACCUCUACAGCUAUCCAUCAGCUGAAAAAGGGAAUGUAGUGAUGAGCAAAUUUGAAAUUACCAUAAUGUACAACUCACAUUCUAACACAACAAAAACUCAAAUCCAACAAACACCUACUCUAUAUGGACAAAAGUAUUUGGCCAAACCUUGCACCUCCGAGGGUUUGAUUCCUGGCCGGACUCGAUUCCUGUCUCUGUGUGCAUAAAGUUUGCCUGCCCUCCCCAUACACACCCACCCCCACCCCCACCCCCACCCCCCAUGCUUGGUGGGUUUCCUCCGGGUACUCCAGUUCCCUCCCACUAUCCAAAGAUAUGCACAAACUAUAAAAAUAUAGUUUGAUGAGUUUGGUAUGGAAGAAGUGGCUUGACUGGCCCUAACACAAAGCUCUGACUUCAACCCCAUCGAGCACCUUUGGGAUGAACUAGAAUGGAGACUGGGGACCAGCUGGCCUUCUUGUCCAACAUCAGUGUCUGACCUCAUAAAUGCUCUACACAAUGAAUAGGAACGAAUUCCCACAGAAACACUUCCUGUGGAGAACCUUCCAAGAAGAGUGGAAACUGUUAUAGCUG